CGAUGUGCUUAUGUGGGACAAUAACACGUGUCUGGCCUUUAUUGGGCCAACGACAACAUCGAUCGACGCGGCGAGUUCGACGUGUCACUGUCUGGGAGGGAAUCUCAUUAGCCUCGACACAGAUGAUAACUUCGAUCAUUUUCACCAAUAUCUCGACACUCGCAUGUCAGGAUAUAACAGAGUGGCGAUAGGUCUACGAGCAGAGAGUAUAAUAGGACCGUGGGUGUGGCAUGAUGGGACUCCUCUGGAAGACAUGUCACCCUUCUGUCCAAACGAACCCAAUGGCGACCAAUCAAAUAACCUCGGACAGCGUUGUGCAGUCCUGGAGUUUCCGCAUAUGUGCAUGGACGACAGAAAUUGUCCCGAUAGCAUCAUUCAUAUUUACUUCGCUUGUGAAUACUUUUAGUUGCAUAUUUCACUGUACAUGGACUCUACCUACAAGUAGGGGUCAUGGAGGCCGAGUUGUUAAGGCAUCUGUACGUGUACAAUCACUAGCCCUCCAUCACUGGGUCGCGGGUUCGAGGUCUAUUACACGAGACAGUCGCCAGGUACUUGGCGUGGGUCGGUGUUUUUUCUCUGGACACUCUGGUUUUCUUCAACCAUCUAUAAAUGUGUAAAUUGUUUAAAUGAGUAAGGAUCCCAAGGAAACGUUUAUAAUGAAUGAAAGUAAUAUCAAAAUCUAAGUCAGAAACAACUUGUGAUUACUGACUGAAGGUUACAAUACUGUACGAUGGUCGGGUAUUGCAGAGGAUAGCACACUUAACUUUCACCAAGGCGGCCGGUUCGAUUCCCCGAUCGGACAUGAAAAGGUUUGAGCUCACCUGUCUACCGCGGGGUUUUUCUCUCCAGGUACUCCGGUUUCCUCCCACAAUAAGACCACAUCAGUGCUAAUAUCCGUGCCAAAAAAAGUGAUAAAUAAAAGCAAAAACUUGUUUCAUAAUUGUUUUACAAGAAAUUAAGUUUACAUGUCAUAACAAUACUGCGCAUCAGUGUUCAUGUCCGACUUUUACUGGCUCCACUUGUAAUCUUGUACUGAUCAAUUAUACACUCAAAUUUGUCUAAUGAUGCAAUCCAGAAAUAAUGUCCUAUAUGACUAGCUGUGUGUAACGUAAAACAGUAGGCUACAAUGGC